AUGUCAUCUACCCCCUCUCAUAAAUCCAAUGAUACUUCAUUCCCGGAUCCCAACAUCCCUCGCUCGUCUGAAGAUACCGACAUGCAAACUGUUCCCGAAAUCACCAUACACAAUCCUGCCGGAGAUGAAAUCCCCUCUGAUUCCCCAGCUCCAUUUGUCCGGCGUCAAAUACCAUUAUUUCUUCAGCCGAAAACCAUUGAGCGAACUGAAGAUCCAGAUUUGGUUGAAACCCAAUCGGUCCGAGUAACGGAUACUACAGUUACUUCUACAGAUUCAUCUACUCUGCCUAGUUCUUCACAACAACGACAGCGUCCACGCAGCAAUGCUUUACACUUUUCUGGGGAGGAAUUCGGUAUAUCACCUGAUGGUACCUUGGAUCUUCGUCUCCCCACGCUAGAUGAGCAAGUACGCGCAGUCGUAUUCCCAGAAAUGGAUAUCCGAUCACCUGAUAGAGCCAUGGGAACUCACCUCCCCAGAACAGCUGAGGAGGUACGCACGAUCUCAACCGCGGGACUCGAUAUCAGCAGCAGAGUUCGAGAAUUCCAACGAGCUCGACGACUCCGGCAUCUGGAUCAAUCUCGUAGACAGCAUAUCACCAGACGACAUCGUCGUGCGCGAAGACACGCCAUGGAUGUAGUACCGGGUCGUCCAGUCUCUUCUAUUCUCACUCGUCCCUCUUCCAACACAUCACGCCCAAUGACACACCGUGGAAGUACAAAUAAUGUUGAUGUUGAUGAUGAAGCAGUGAAUAUGGAUCCACCUCUCCCCGAUCCAGCGAUGAAUCUGGAUACAUUUACCGCGAGAAGAAAUAUUCGUAGUCGGAGCGCAUUAUCGAAUGUGAUGUCUACAAGCGAUCUGGAAGAUGUAGAUGAAGAUGAAGAAUAUAAAAACCGUGGGAAUACCGGUUUGAGUUGUGAUUUUGUAACACUUCCUGAACGUCUGCAAGCAAGAGGUUAUGGCAAGCCUACAGUUCAAAGGAGAAGUGCACGUCGCACUUUCACUACACCGGUAAAUUCAGAGUCGCCUGAUGUUGUGUCUACAUCACCAUCUACAUCUAUAUCUAGACUGAGUACUACGAAAGAACAACAAAAUAAAUCUCAAGCAACAGGGACUGGAACCGGAAACACGACAGUGAGUUCUCGCAAGCUAUCUCAGAAUGCAACAGUGAGAUUGUGGGUAGCGAUGUAUCGAACUAACGAUAUGAAGCAGCAGGAUCUGGAGAGGAUGAGGGCAGAGGGUGUAGAUGAUAUACCGAUUUCGAAAUUAUCGAUAACGGGACCGUCGCGGAAAUAG